UUUCCUCCUUUACACAUUCACUUCACACUCACUCUUUCCAUUCUCAGAUCCCAAAGUUUCACUCUUUUUCACAAUUUUUCCAUACCCAUAACCCAAAAAACCAAUCUUUUUCAGUUCUUGAACUCAAAUUUUCACAAUUUAGCAUGUAAAGAAUCAAUCUUUAUGUGAAAAUAUGAUGUGGGGUGUGCUCAAUUUUAGCUCUUUUCAUUAUUAGAACCCAAAGUAUUACUCUUUGUACCAAUAAAUCACAAUCUUGAUCCAUUUUUCAGUUCUUGGACUCAAUUUUUCCCAAGUUUAGUAUGUAAAGAUUCAAUUUUUAUGUGAAAAUAUGAUGUGGGGUGAGCUCAAUUUUGGGUGAUGAAUUGGGGUUUUGAGAUGGGUCAGAUUUUUUUUGAAGAAAUGGGGAAAAGGGUACCAAAAAGGGUUUGGCUUGGAUCACAAAUAAAUAUAGUAUUACUGGUGGGUGGAAAUCACACUUCAUCCAGGUUUUGUACUCGUUAAUCUGUUUGAAUUUCUUGUUUAUUUGGCUUAAAUCUCCUGUUUUUAAUCAAACUUGAUUGAAAAGAAAUUAGUGCUUUUUAGUACUUGCUGUUGUAGAUCUUGGAAACUUGGAAAAGACCUUAAAGUUUUGAGCUUUAAAGUAAAGAAAAAAUGGAUAUGAGGGUCUUGAAAUGGCAAAUUCUACAUGGUUCAUUAGUGAAAAGAUUGAUUGUUAAAGGGUUCUUGUUUGUCGCUGUUAUGAUUGUUGUAUCUUUUGUGCAAAUGGGCCAUAUGAUUCGAAACACUGAGCCUAUGGUGUUGAAUUUUGGUGUAUGCCCCUUGAACUUUGGUUCGAAUGAGUAUAUGAAUAUGACCAGGUUCUUUAAACCCGUUUCGGGGUGGGCAUUUCCGCUAUUUGGGGCGUCUUUGAUGAAAUUUGACGAUGAAAAUUUGACCAAGAAUGUGUUUAAGGAGUUAAUGGAAAAGAGUUUCUUGGAUUUGAAUGAUAAUGCAUUGUGUGUUGGGAAGAAAUCCUCGUCUGUAGCUUUGGAGCUGCGAGAAUUGGGACUCUUGAAUGCUAUUGGUGCUGAUGGGUACCCGUAUUUCUCUCUUUUAUGGAGAAGAUUCGUCUACGAGCUCGAUCACGAGGAUAAUUCUUUCGACUUUGUGUUCUCGAGAGAUCUUGAUAGGGUUACUGUUCCAGCUCUUAUGGUGCUUGAGAUUGAGCGGGUCCUACGUCCUGGUGGCAUCGGUGCUAUGCUCGUGGGGUCCAGUAGUUUCUACGCGGGCAACUUGAUCAAAGGCUACUUAAUAAAAUCUGCAACCCCAGUUUCGUCAUUCUUGAAGAGUUCGGAGGUUGUGCACGUAUGUGGGGUUGGCACCUAUACUCUAGUGAUGUUCAAGAAAAGAUCAGAGAUUGUUGAAUCUCUCGAGCAUUCUAUAUUGCCUGCUAAUUGUCCUUCCACCAUGAACAAUAUUCCGUUCUUGAAGUACCUCGAGCCACUUGUGGAAAGGAAGGUUGAACAGCUGGAGACACAAAUUUCGUACUUGCCCAAGUUCAUGAACAUUUCGUCGAGGAACAAAUUGGUGUAUAUCAAUGUUGGUGCCAGUGAAUAUGUGGAAACAAGUCUUGCGAGAAUGUUCAAGCCUAAUUAUCCGAUCCCUCACCACUUUUUCAAUGUUUUCGUCAUUGAUCAUAACACCUCUGCCUUAUCUUUGUAUGUGAAGAAUCCAGGUAUCAACUUUGUGUACCAUCCAGGACUCAUUGGGGAGGAUAUUACUUCGCCAUUUGUGGACCCCGAUGAAUAUUUGAGCGCACCAUUAGAUCAUGAAGGGUUCGACUUUAUUCGUUGGUUUAGUGAAACAGUUGAAGAUGGAGAUUACGUCGUCCUCAUGAUGAAUGCCAGAGCAGCAGAGCUGAAUAUUCUUGCAGAACUAUUCAAAACCGGAUCAAUAUGCCAUGUCGAUGAACUGUUUCUUCGCUGCUCAGCUGAAGACUGCAGUAAUGCCCUUUGUGGAGAUUGCAUGAGCCUUUUCAAAACUCUAAGGAAAAGUGGUGUGUUUGCUCAUCAGUGGUGGGGGGAGUAGACUUUUGUCAAGAGUCUUGGUGAAUUUAUGUUGUAUUUUCUUCAACUUUUUGCUUUAGUGUUUGUUGGGAAUAAAUAGAGGGGAGGUUAUAGGUUGAAACUGUAUUCUUCCUUUUCUCCCCUCUGGAACUGUAUUUGAUGUCUUGUUUGUGUGUCCAUUUGUAUGUGAGUUAUUUGUCUGUAAGUUCCUCUUUAUAUCUAUGGAGGAAAUAUGUGUUAUGUGUUUUAAAGACUAUGCUUUGUUGUGA